AUGGCCUCCUUCAACUAUGAUGACUUCGACAGCCCCCGCGAUACCGAGCUCAGCUCUCUCAUAGCCAUUUAUCCCGAGAUCCAACAUCCUCGCCCAGAUGAUCCCUACGCCAUCGCCAUCGAUAUUCCCGUCAACCCCACCAAGCCAGUUCUCGUCUACUACCCCGCUGCCGCGGACCCAAACACGGACCCCAGGGCGCAAGGAAACACUCAGCAAAAUGGAGUGAACCACGUCAAUGGAGCUGCAAAUGGAGGUCCUUCGAACGGUGCGGAUCGUGUGGGAGGAGCAGGUCCGGCUGAAGGCGCCGGCGCCGGGGCUGGGGCUCUUGAUCGUCAUGAGGUAGCCCACUUGCCUCCCAUCCACCUAGAGAUCAUCUUCGGACCCGACUACCCGGCUGAGAAACCGCCGGUUGUUACCAUCUCUGCGGACCCUCCGUGGCUUUCCAAGGAGACCAUCAAGAGACUCGAGGAUGAUGGGCCGCAGCUGUGGGAAGAAAUGGGUCGUGAUAUGGUUGGGUUCACGUACAUCGACCACAUCCAGCAGGCAGCUGAGAAUGUCUUUGAGCUUGUGGACGAGAAGGGGACCUUGGAGGUUGACCCACAGCACAGGAUCGCUAUCAUGGAUUUUGAUAUCCAGGCACGUCGGGCAGCGUUUGAGAAGGAAACGUUCAAGUGCGGAGUGUGCUUAGAUCCCAAGAAAGGCACGGUCUGUCACAAGAUGAUCGAUUGUGAGCACGUUUUCUGCGUGGAGUGUCUACAGGACUUCUACAACAACGCCAUCAAAGAAGGUGAUCUCGCCUCUGUCCGCUGUCUAGCACCAAACUGCGCCAAAGAGCGCGAACAAGCAGCCGCUUCGUCUUCAGGGAUCAAGAAGCGGAAGAAGCCCAAGACGCACCUCAGCCCGAGCGAACUUCUACAAAUCCCACUCGACCAGGAGAUGGUGAAGCGCUUUGUCACGCUCAAGUACAAAACCGAGCUCGAGUCCGACAAGAACACCAUCUACUGCCCGCGACAAUGGUGCAACGGGGCUGCUCGAUCCAAGAAGCACAAGAAGCCGCAAGGGUUAGAACUCAACGAUGACGCCGAGGAGGAGGACGAAGAGGAGGAAACGGGGGCCAGCGGUGCUUCGAAACCCUACAACGCGACCGAGCUCCUGGCCAUCUGCGAAGACUGCAACUUCGCCUUCUGCUCUCGGUGCAAUCAAUCUUGGCAUGGCGAAUUCGUCCGUUGCCAAGCACCCCGAAAGAACGAAGAGCUCACAGCCGAAGAGAUCGCUUCACUCGAAUACAUGAAGCUGCACACCACCCCCUGCCCGACAUGCGCGGCGCCUGCUCAAAAGACGCACGGCUGCAACCACAUGAUCUGCUACCGGUGCCAGACGCACUUCUGUUACCUCUGCUCAGCGUGGCUGGAUCCAGGUAAUCCCUAUCAGCACUUUAACGAGAUGCCCGGCGGGAGAAUCACCGGGUGUUACCAGCGACUCUGGGAGUUGGAACAGGGCGAUGGCGAUGAUGUCGGCUUGGCGUUCGAAGGCGGUGCUGGUGCUGCUCCGCCAGGUGCUGCUGGGCGUGCUGGUCCCGGAGGAGGAGGAGCGGCAGUGGCAGGCGCACCCGCACCCGCAGCAGCAGCGCCUCCCGGGUUUGGAGACCUACCGGAGCAACAACUCAUGGAGCUGCUGAUGGCAGACUUGGAGAUUGAGAGCGACGAUGAGGAGGACGCUUUUAGGGUACCGCCUCCCUUUGGUGAAAGAGAGCUUAAUAGGCAACCUCAAGAAGCCAUGGGAGCGGAAGCGCAAAACCGAAACGGCGCAGGAAGAGGUGAAGUCGCGGUUGCGCGUGAAGGUCCUCUCAUCCUACGGAUAGAUGGAGGUAAUCAGCCGGCAGGAGGUCGUGGUCGUGGAGGUGCUGGUGCUGGUGCUGGUGCUGCUGCCGCCCCCAAUGGCCCUGCCGCAGGUGGUGGCCGUGGAGCAGGAGGAAGAGGAGGAGGAGGUUGGGGAGACAAUGCCCGAGGAGGACAAGGGGCAGGGGGAGCAAAUAUUCGGGGACAACAUCAGAAUCGAGGAGGUGCCCCGAACAACCGGCAUAAUAACCGUAACAACAACAACAACCACAACAACGGUGGCGUCGGUGCUGGUGCGGCUGCCAGAGGAGGAAACAGAGGUGGUGGUGGUGGUAAUGGUGGUAAUGCGGUCAGGGGUAAUGUGGGAGGCAGGGCAAGACGUGGUCCUAACGAUCCCAGGAUGGACUUUGAUAAUCCCAACAAUCCCGAUAACAUACAGGUCAACGUUCCGGACGGGAUACGACUCGAUCCGCAGCAGGAGGCGUGGAUUAGGCAGUUUGUGCACCUGGCGCUGGAGGAUCAGGAGGACUUGCUAUUUGACGAUGAUGACUGGUAG